GGAAGAAUGGCUAAUCACGUACAUUACAAACCACAAAUAACACUUCCGUCGCCACCUAUCGUUUCUUUUCUCGUCAUCGGCCAGCGUCAGUCAUGACGAGCAGCCUUGCCAUCGUGAUCACCCGCGACUCAUCGCCCACGACGCACAACAGCAUCACGGCACGCAUGGGCACCUUCUCAUGCUCAGGCGUCAACAGCAGCAGCGGCCACACGCUAGAGAACGAGGGCCAGAAGAUUCCCACGGGCACCUACUCAGCCUUCGUCCGCCGAGACCGUCAGAUGCCUCGCAUCCAGCUGCAGGACGUCCCAGGCCGCACCGAGAUCCAGAUCCACACCGGCAACUGGGUGAAAGAUGUGACGGGCUGCAUCCUGCCGGGGACGGGCACUGCCACGGACGAGAAGGGGCCCAUGGUGACCAACAGCGGUGCUGCGAUGAACAAGAUGAUGGAGGGGGUUGUCGAUGGCACCAAGAUCACCGUCACUGUCAUGUGAGUGACGGGCGGAGGGUGCUGCGUGCGGGUGCAUGAGUGGGUGGGUGUUCAGGAGGGCAGGUGGUGGUGUUGGCUUGCUUUUUCAAUAGGGCUGGCUGACAGACUGACAGGCGGGGCGGUGAGGGUGCACUCGAUGCCCUGUGGCUAUGGGAUGUGUCCUGCCUCUCUUCUAAAUAUCAAUGUGCCUGCUUGUGCUCUUCUGACAUACACUAAUAGACCCGUUUGCCUGACUGACCUCCGUUCGUCGUGCAUGCCAUGCAUGGCUGGACAGGACACAUCCGUGGUGGACCCUCUACAUGGCUACAGUGAUGACCAGCUGCACACAGAUUGACAAGUACGUCUGCCCACACCCACGGUCGGUCGAUCGCUAUACACA